CCUUGGGAGCUCUCGGCUGAGACGAGUACCUACCUAGUAGACGAGCGGCUGGAAGAAGUUGGAUAUCACGAUAUUCUGUGUAGGUAUACCACAAAAUAUUACGAAAAUGUCCCGUGGGCUCCUGCGAUGCUACCUAGCACCAACAAGAAGUACGACCCUCACCUCAUGCACUUCAUCAAUUCCGUCAGGUCCCUUUUGCGCCGGGUUAUCUCCGCGUCGGCAAUGACGGCAAGCUCCAAGCUGCUGUUGCUCGACAUGGAUGUUCAGGUGCUUUUGUUGGUGGGCCAGUGA